AUGUCCACAGCUUGGAGUUCUGAGAGUUGUUAUAAUGCACCAAAGCUAGUGACCCUCAAAACACGUAAAUAUUACAAUUAUGUCAACAAGGUUGUAGUCGGUUGUCAAGUUAUGGGAAGGUCAGAGUGCCAUGUGAAAUUAAGUCAAAGUCCAUACUUCAAUAUAUUGAAGCAUUUCCCACCAGAAAAAUGGAAUAAAUAUGGUAGUCCAGAUGACAUUCAUUUUGUAUUGGACUCAUAUAUCAAACACAAAGUUUUGUUAAUAGAUGGUUUAGCAACAGCAGUGAAUCACAUCACGAUUCCUAGAUCAACAAAGUUCAGUCUACAACUGACUGGCAGAUAUCUGUAUUUGGUUAUUAAGCCUGUGGAAAGCAAACAGUUUCUGCUGAGAAUUGAGUGCAAAACUGAUAAGACUGUCAGAUUUCGAAUCACAAUAUCGAAUGCUUUAAGUAAGCUCAAGUCUUCCAACCUCUCAUUGUACCUACCGCUAUCGUCACUUACUUCACCAUCAUGUUUUGAAGAACAGAAAUGGUGUACUUUGCGUUUGGAUCUUCGGAGGACCAUCCGUGAAUACUCCGCCUACCGAUAUCACAGUCUGAGUCGAUUGCAAUUAUGUUGUAGUCUGCUGUUGUAUGCUGCGUUUUCAUCAGACAAUGAAUACUCACCGUUUGCUCUGAGUAGAAAGAAUGUUGUUCAGAAGCAUUCAGAGAGAAUUGUCUCCCCAUUUCCAAAUGAAUUUCAACCUUUUCAUACUUUGAAAAAUUUGUCUUCUGUGUUCAGUUUCCUGAUGAUACCUGAAGAUAUAGGCGAUUUCUCUGCUGGUGAAGUAAAUGUUAAUACUUCUGAGAAUAUCACUUUAUCAUCAGAUAACCAAGAUAAUAAUUUGGACAAAUUAAUCGAUUCAUCGAUCUCAAGAACAUUGGAAGAAGUAGAAACUAUUGAAAAUCAUAGUGAGGAAGAAAACUGUGAGGUAGAUAUGUCAAAUAAAUAUCAACAGAAGAGUGAAAGUGAAGAUGUUCUACAACUUAACAGUAAUAUCAUAUCCAACGCAAUUAAUACUCAACAAAAUUCUGAAACUUAUGUCAACAAUGAUUCUUUAGAUCUGGUGUAUGUAGCUUCCUGUCCAUCAUACUGUACAAGUAUAAUUAUUACUCAAAAUGGUCACAUUAUUAUUUUCCCAUGUGCUGCAUUCAUUAUUGUUAUGGAUUUGGAUAGUAAACAGCAAUGUUUCUUAGAAGGUCAUACUACAGAAAUAAGCAGUAUUUGCCAAGAUGCAGCUGGAAGACUUAUUGCUUCCUGUCAGUCUCCGGUAUGCGAUAGUAUGAAAUCAUAUUCUGCUGUUGUUCACUUAUGGCGUAUGCCUAACCUGCCUUACUCUUCUCGACGUAUUCAAAAUCCACUGGGAACAGGAAGAGUUCAAAAUAUCCAGUCAUUUAAAGGUAUAUGCGUUUCAGACAGAGAUGAAUUUCUAAUUGCUUAUGGAUUGGAUAUUCGUUCACGAGGUAUGGUAGUCAUAUGGGAUUUACGUAAUUUAUGUCAAAGUAGCAUAUUACCGUUACUAGCUCGUUCAACAAUCGACAGUACAAUUCUGUGCUUAUGCCUUUUUCCUGAUGGAUUCAAUCGAAAUGACAUAUCAGAUUCUUUUAUUCGUUUUGCAACCGUUUCUGGAGUUAAUGUUUCUCAUGAAACCACCGAUUUAAAGAAAUAUCAAUGUGUAAAAAAGAAAACAUCUAGUGAAAUUCGAUUUUGGCGCUUUAAAUAUCCAUCAUAUAAACAAGAGUCAAUUAAAGGAUUAAAUGUAUCAAUGAAAAAUAAAUACCAUUUAUCGUCUUCUAUUGUCCCAUUGACUUCAGUUCUGGUUUCAUCUCUUCGUCAAACAUUAAAUUUUAUUAGUUGUUGUAUUAAACCUCAAAUAUUAGAAUCUGAUCAGUUUUGUGAUCGACUGAAUUAUUCUGUAUUAAUCGGCUCAUCAACUGGACAUAUUUUAGAGCUAGAUCCAAAUCUCUUUUGCAUUUCAAACGUAUACCAGUUAACUCGAAGUUUACAAGAAGAAAACUCAUCAGACUAUUCAAACACAGUUGAAUUACAACUUUUAGCGUCCAGAGAGUUUAUAAAUGAUCAGUGGGUUUGA